AUGGAACAUUACAAGAAGAAACAGAGCCGUUACUAUGACGAUAAGUGCGGACCCAAUGAGUUACGUAUCACUGGUACUGGCAAAGCAUACGACCUUUGCACCCGAGCAAUGCAUAAGCUCAAGGAGUCUCCGCUAGAGGGUGUGGUCAUAUCUGCCAGUGGAGCUCAUGUGACUAAAGCAGUGACUGUAGUGGAACUGAUCAAGAAGAAGCUAUCAGGUGUGAUGCAAGCCACUGAGAUACGAUGGGCUAGGGUGGAGGACGUAUGGGAACCAGACCAACAGGAACUGGACUCGUUAAAGGUCACCCGUCACAUCCCAGCCAUCUCCCUACACCUCACCAUGCAGACCACCUAG